AUGUCAAUGGAUAAGUUCCUUUGGGCCGAGCCUUGUAGCAGAGAUAUCUGCUACCACUAUUCAUGGGACUUUGCACAGAAUGUGCAUUUCCCCCAUCAUGCACAGCAAGUGGGCCCAAUAUACUUCUGCAGCCCCAGAAAAUGCCAUGUCUUUGGCAUGUGUGCAGAAGGGUCAGGAAAACAAGUGUUCUAUCUAAUCGAUGAAGCAGAACUGCCAGAGAAGGGUGCUGAAAGUGUUGUCAGCUUGGCUCACCAUCAUUUCCAACACUUUGGUGUUGGAGAAAAGCAUGCAGAGAUCCACUUUGAUAAUGCAGUUGGACAAAACAAGAACCACACAGUGAUUUGGUAUGCCAUGUGGCGGACUCUGACAGGACUCCAUGAAACCAUGAGCCUGAACUGCAUGAUUACUGGACACACCAAGUUUGCCCCAGACUACCACUUUGGCAUCUGGAAGCUUAAGUGGAGGUCAUCCAAUGCAGAGACCAUGGAGGAGAUUGCUGGUAGUGUUACAGCUUCAUCAAAGUCAGGCCACAAUGUUCCACAGCUGGUCCAAGAUGACAACAAACCGGUUGUCUUCUUCGCUUGGAAAACUUACCUGGAACAGUUUUUCAAGCCAUUGAAAAACAUAACCAAGUACCACCAUUUUACUAUGGAUCCGUCGAAACCAGGUAUUGUUACCUGUAAGGAGAACAUGGAUUCGGAAGAAAUGUGUUUCAAUAUAUUGAAGCCUUUGAGUCCGGCAGCUGGAGAACUCCAACCCACCAAACCAGCCCCGGGCCUUGACCUGCGCAGACAGUGGUAUUUGUAUGACUCAAUUAGCCCAUUCUUCAGAGCAUACAAUGCCAGGGAUACUGUGUGUCCAAAACCAUCAAAGCCAAAAGUUAAAAACCAAGGAAUGGACAGUGACAGCCUACCUAGAAAAAGGAAGCACAGCCUUUAACCGUUAUCUUAACACCAUGGCAACUAAAGUGUUCCUUCAGCCUUGUAGUAAUACAUCAAGAUUUAUCAAUGUAUUUCAUCCAUUUAAUGUGAGGUUUUACACAUGUAUGUAUGACAGAGAUAAUAUUAAUUUAAAUAUCGGUAGUGUUACAGAUGAAACACAAACAUUGCUGUUAUGUUCAAUAUAAAACUUGCUAUGACAUAUUUUUGACAAAGUGCCAUUAGGUUUGUUGUCUCAUCUUUUUCUAAAUGUAAAUAUUGUUUUAAAUUUUCGUUUUAAAGAUGUGCAUACCAACCUAUUUGAAUGUGUGAUCAUACAUGUGUUUAUAAUGUUUGCCAUUUAUUUGUUGAAAAGAGAUAAUGCCACCUUUAUUCGAUUAUAUAAGGCGGAAAGAAUAACAAUUCAAGUAGUGUUUCCAUAGCAACAGGAAAAUUAUUAAGGUUAUUUAUUAAUAGGUCCAGUUUACAACAACAAAUAAAAAGUAUAUUUAUAUA